AUGGCAAUCUCCAUGCGCUUCUUGGCAAAGGCUUCCCAGAGCUUCGAGAGUAUUGUGUCGCAUGCGUCUUCCCCAAAGGCCUUGCGCACGCCGAAGACUCCCAAGACUCCGAAGACACCAAUGAGCCCAUUUGGCAUCAGUCCACUUGCUUCCUUGAACCGUGUGAACUUCUUUCCUGAAGAUGUGGAAAAGGUGGAAAAACGCACUCACAAAGUUCCAGCUCGCUCCGUCCACUUUGCGGAUGGGGCAACUUGGGUUGGGAAUGCUACUCGUCUUCUUGGAGGUCAAUUGCAACCAAAGGCCGAAGCUUCCAGUCCAAUCACAGACCUCACAACUGCAGCCUCAGCAACCAGAGAUGCAGUGCGAGCUCGUUUUGCAAGGCAGGAAGACCGUUGUGUGCCCACUCCUCCGGUUGCAGGCUUGGACUUGACCCUUCCUGUCCUUUUGGGUCAUCGCAUGGCAUCCACCGUGGCUUCUUCAACGAGGGCAACGACGCCCAGCGAUGGCAACGAGGAGUCUUGCGCACAUGCGGCACGCAAGGCCUUUUUGGAGCAACAGGAGCGCCGUGCCUCCCGGGCCAUGGUGGACUUCGUGGUUUACAAUGCGGCGAGGGGAACUGAGAUCUCUGGUGAUCCUCGGGCACCUGUGCAGGAGGACUUGCGUCCCCGCUGGCUGCGCGACGAGGAUGCUGCCGCCAUGCUGGGUGACGAGGCUAUUGGGGAUUUGGGCGCCUUGCCGAAGUCCCAAACUGCUGCGGCACGGAGGGCAUCGUUGGCCAAAAUGAAGCCGGGGCCAGACACCCUGAUUUGUGCUACUGACUUCAGACAGCGUCCCUUGAUGUUCUUGCGCCCAGAGGAGUGGUUCACUUUGCUCCGAGAACUACCUCAACUUCGUGAGAAGUUGCGGCAGAAACAAGCUGAGAUAGAUGCCUUGGAUGAGCGAGGUGAGCACAUGAAAGAUUACCUGCUCAGACGAAAAUAUAUUGUGGACAAGUACGGGCUCCGGAAAAUUGGAGUUCCUGGCUAUGGAAAGAUGAGCCGACCGUACUUCAGCAGUGGAGAGGGCAUUCGUGCGCGUGAUCGCAAGAUCAGCUUGGCCAAUCGAGUCUUAGAAGAGAUCAACUCGAGGUCUGAGUGA